AGCUCAAUCGGAUAGAGCGUCAGACUCUUAUGACUAGGCGAUCUGAAGGCUGCGAGUUCGACCCUCGCGGUGGGCUAAUGUUUUUGCAUAUUCUGCCACGUCUCCUGACUUCUAAUGAUAUCUCGACCUUCCUUUUAACUCGCGCUUACUUGUCAGAUGAGCUAUGUCAGCAUUGACGCACAAUAUUGCGAUGCACUAGUCUCUGCCCGAGGAUGUGGAAAGCGCUUUGUCGAUGACCAGGCGAAAGUUAGAGAUCCCUACUUUCUCCAUUUCGCAUUCUGCAAGGCCUAGUAAGGUCUUCCUCUCGCAAUUGCAACCACCUCCGUUCUGGAUUCAAAAAUGGCCCCACUCACAAACGCAAUAGUCCCAAAGAGCACAAAGAUGCACUCAAAAGUUGUUAUAAUUGGGUCAGGUCCUGCAGGACACACCGCCGCUGUAUACCUUGCACGCGCGAACAUCAACCCUGUCCUCUUCGAGGGCUUUAUGGCAAAUGGUUUCGCUGCCGGUGGCCAGCUUACCACGACCACAGAUGUCGAGAACUACCCCGGUUUCCCAUCUGGCAUCCUUGGUCCCGAGCUCAUGGAUAAGUUCCGUGAGCAGUCCAUUCGCUUCGGCACGCAGAUCAUCACAGAGACCGUCUCCAAGAUCGAUCUCUCUGCACGCCCCUUCCGUUAUUGGCGAGAGGGUGAGGAACACAAUGAACCAGAAACUACCGAUACUAUCAUCAUCGCGACUGGUGCAAGCGCGAAGAGGCUAGGACUCAAGGGCGAGGUCACAUACUGGCAAAGCGGCAUCAGUGCAUGCGCAGUCUGCGAUGGUGCCGUCCCUAUCUUUAGGAAUCAGCCGCUAGCUGUCAUCGGUGGUGGUGAUUCUGCAGCAGAAGAAGCCACCUAUCUGACAAAAUAUGGCUCCCACGUCUACGUCCUCGUCCGCCGUGGCGAACUCCGCGCCUCUAAAAUUAUGGCCAAGCGCCUCAUGAAUCACCCCAAGAUUACAGUCCUUUGGAACACCGUCGCAACCGAAUGCCAAGGCGACGGCGACCUCCUCAAAAACCUCCGCAUUAAAAAUGUAACGACAGGAGAAGAGCGCGAUCUACCCGUGCGUGGACUCUUCUAUGCAAUCGGACAUGAGCCAGCUACGUCCCUUGUGCGCUCGCAGCUGCAAACGGACCCCGAUGGGUAUAUCAUUACUGUCCCCGGAACCACGCAGACGAGCGUCAAGGGCGUGUUUGCUGCCGGCGAUGUGCAGGAUAAGAGAUAUAGACAGGCUAUCACCAGUGCAGGGAGUGGGUGCAUGGCUGCGCUUGAGGCGGAGAGGCUUAUUGCGGAGGAGGAAGAGGGUGUAGAGGAUUAGAAAGUCAGUAAGAUUUAGAUGCGUAUACCGCUGCAAUGAUCUUUGCCACAUGACAUUAUCUACCAUCCCGGCCUGUUUGAUAUGUACGUCGGAAGCGCCGACUGCUUCAGCAUUAAACUUGCUUACCGUUUGCUGUC